AUGGCGGCUGUGGCGCAGAGUCAUGUUCAAGAUGACGUACAUCCACUUCUGAGGCAUCCACGGCCGAUUAAGAGGGAUUCUGCAAAGGCGCAACGCAUGCUUGGCUUGAUCGCAGAUUCUGAGGAAGCUCUAAGAAAUUUGCAACGCGAAAAAUCGGUAACAACACGAUGGUUGGAACGACCGAUGUACGAGCAUUUAGAGAUUUCCGAUGUCGAAGAAGAAAAAGACGAGUCUCGAGCGGUAAUACAAGAGCAGAAAACGGAGGCCGUCGUCGAAAAGGUAGUGAUUGAGGACAAACCAAUCGAGGAGAAGCCAAAGGAGGACAGCGACUCUGACCUGCUGGACAAAUGGACGAAUCCGAACCGCCCGGCUUCCUCUUUCAAUCCCGAAGAAACAUUGAGCAAGCUUCCGGAGACAGAAUCAAGCACGAAAGUCAAUACAUCCCCGAUUAAGCGACGGCCGCUACCGCUCACACGACCGACAUCAUACAACGCGCAACACCUGUUAUCGCCAGAAUGGAUUGCUUCGCCAGCCACUAUGAGCCCUAAUACACCAGGUCAAGGGCCUGCAUCAUCGUAUCUUGACAGUUCAGACAAGCCCAGGAGCAGCAUUUCUUCCCGCGGCAGUUGUGAAUGUGAGAGGCCACAAGUAAACCCUACGCAGUGGACAUAUCCACCGAUGAACGAUGCAAACGGUGCACAAACGCAACGACCCAUCUCAUAUCACCCUCAAAGCUCCACUGCACUCGACAGCCCGCCAAUGCAGCCGCGACCACGACCUACAUCCUUCGCGACCUACCACCAACGAAAUCGCUCCGGAACCAAGAUUGCCUCAUCGCGAGGACUACGGAACAACAGCUACCCACAAAACCGCUCGCGACCCGUGUCAGGGUGUGCACCUAAAGCCAUCGCAGGGGAGAACAUUGAGAAUGACAUGGUUUAUCAGCAGUACGGGGAUGACGAAGUCGGUCCACCCACGCCUGUAACAUCCUCGAAACUUGCGUUUUCACCCCCUCCAGUCUUCUCUGCUACGCCAGCAACACCAAUACACCCCACGUUGGAUGCCUUCGCGACAUCGGAAGAGAAGAACAAACCAGAGAAGAAGAUCAAGCACAGAUGGUCAACCAUACCGCAAGCGUUGAAGAACUUUGGCGCUAGGAGAAGAGACUCUUCAGCUCAACAUGAGCAGCAAAAGUUUGCAACCGUUGUCGAAGAUCUGCGGAGAAUGAACUUAACACAGGAAAACCUGCAGGUCUACGAAGCCGAAGCCAACCAGGACCCAGCAGCAUCCAAACGUCUCUCGGCGGUCGACCUCAUCCCGACACCAACCUACUCGCCCUUUGACAUGAACGUCAACUAUCCGCCGAAAACUUACGCCAAGUACGUCCAGUAUCGAUGCAAUCUCAAGCACGGCCUGUUUCGAUGCAAUCCCAAGGACGUCCUGUUUCGUGGCAAUCCCAAGCACGCCCAGUAUCGAUGCAAUCCCAACGUAGCAGCAUAG